AUGAUUGAAGAUAAUAAAGGUGUAACUGAUAAAAUAAACUUUUUAAAAAAUGAUUUAAAAGAUCAAAAUAUUUCUUAUACAACCCAAGAAUAUAGUAAAAUGUCUGAUAAACCUUUUAAAGAAUUAUCUAAUCAAGAAGAAGAUGCAACAUUGAACUUACUCUCACUUAUGUUACCACAAAAAAAUAAAAAGACAAAUUCACCGCUAGUUCCAUCCCUAAACUUUAUAGAAAAUAUUAUUAUUUGUGAUUUAUGUGACGAAACAAACAUAUACGCAAGAAUACAAAAUUUAAUAUAUAGUUGUGUAUCAGGAGAUCUAUCUGCAUUUGUUAACUGUGGGAUACACAAUUGUUCCAUUUUCAACGAUAAAAUUUUAGAUUUAAAUAAAGGAGACUUACCAACUAUUGAAGAUGUAGAAAAAUUAUAUAAAAUAGAUAUGCGAAAAAAUACAGAGCAUCGAUUUAUUUGUAAAACUUGUUCGAACGAAUUUACAACAAAAAAUGGGUUAAAAUAUCACUUAAAAAAUGUACACUCAAAACAUAAAGAAAAUAUUGUAAAACCAUAUUUAUGCCCUUUUAAAAAAGUAUGUAAAAGAAAAUACAAAAACAAAAAUGGACUUUUUUACCAUCUUGAACAUUAUCACAAGAAAGAUAGUGAAGAUUUUAAAACAUUGCACAAUAGCACUAUACUUUCAAAUAUGCAAACAAAAAAAAUAAAAAAUAAAAAAUAA